AUCUUCUGAUAUCAUACCCUUGGAAGUCUGAAUUCUCUAUAGAUUCCCUCUAUAGAUUCCAACUAUAACAUACCAGAAAGGAGUGCUCAUGGAAUCUCUGAUAGAUAUGCAGUGACAACACCAGCAGCAUCCAAAGUGAGUUGAAAUGGAAUAAUGGCAGAGCAACUUCAAAAAAUCUUAUUCUGUGUGUGCAUUUUGUGGGCUGCGCGGUUACGUUUCUUUUGAUUUGUUUAUUUUAUCAUUUAUGCAAUCGUGUUAAUAUCCAUUUUAAUAUCUCCUAUAUAUCUUUUUUUUGUAAAAGAGUAUAAACAAUCUGCAUCAUUUAUGAAUGAUGGGCACCGUGAGGUGCUUUGAGUCCUUUGACCAAGGGGAAGCUUUGUAACUUUGUACACAGGAAUAAUGGGGCCGCAGUCUGGCGAUCUACCGAAUUGGAUGGAAUGGGUGUUCUGCACUGCACAGGGACAUGCUCAUUUCCUUCCUGCCUCUACUGUGAAUAAGUUGCCUAAGCAGUGCGGUAUUAAAGUUCAAGGUGUAUACUCAAGGUCCAAACCUGUUGCAGUGAAAUCACCUCUAAAUUAUGAAGUUCUGAACAUUUGUGCCCUUCAUGGCUUCAUGGACUGUGUAAUGAUUCUUAAUAUCUUAAGAAUUGCAAAGCUGAAUGUUUAUUGCAGAAAUUAUGAACUUGUCGUUUAUCAUUGGGCACGCCUGCCUGCAGCAGCAGAACUGAAUAGAAUUGUUAUUGCCAUGAUGAAGAUAAGGUGGGAUUUUCCACUUGUGAGGAAACUGAAUGAUGUUGACAAGAGAGGAGAAAUGGUUGUGACUAGCCGGCCAUUGAGGUAAGACAAAGAACAUGAGGCUUGUGAACCAUCUUAUAUUUCUUUGCCACUCUUUUGGGGACCAAGUUCGUUUUUUCUUGAAAAAGCUGGCAAAGCCAAUCUGUAGACAUCGCCAACCUAACAACAAAAUGUCAAAAUUCAA